CAUGCAUGCAGGACCGUUACAUUUGCUAGGAAAGCCGCGGCGGGAACCUACAAAAUGUCUGGAAAUGGAAUCAAAGAUGGGAUGGCAGAAGGGCAAGAAUCAGAAACAUUUUUCUCAGCAAUAGUAGUGACUUUGUCGUUAGCUACGGUGAUUGGUUUGUUGAUGCUCGUGUGUGGUUUUGGGACAAGUGGCAGCAGUCAAGGAAACGCCGAAUCAGAAGACAUCAGCAAUGAAAAGACAAACAACAAAUCCAAGAAGGCGAAGGGCAACCAGCCGGGGAAACGACAGCAGAAGCAGCAGGUCAAGCGUGGGGGCCAGAGCACCUUUAGCCACCCCCUUCUUGCCUCCACCCUGAAGGAACACAGUAGCAACGUGCUGGACUUGGACUUCAGUAUGAAUGGAAAAUACCUUGCCUCAUGUGCAGAAGAUCGUACAGUUCGAGUGUGGAGCGUCAAGGAGUUUAAGGAUAAAGUACACAAGUGUUUAAGAGGAAAUGUUGAGUAUGAUCACGUGACCAAGAUCAAAUUUAGUCCAGAUUGCAAGGCCUUCAUCACCAGUCUGUCAAUUGGUAACUGCAUAAGAGUCUUCAAGAUGGCCAAGAAAGAAGAUGGUUCCUCCAGCACAAUCUCCGCUUCUCUGGACUUCCCCAAGAUACUUUCUACAGAUAUUAUCAACAUUGGUCUGGGAUCUCAUGCCCAUGGUAGCUUUGUCAUGAUGGCAUACAAGGACACUACAAUCCAGAUAUGUGAUGUCAAAGGUGAGAUUCUUCAGUCCAUCGAUACGCAUCACAUGAAUAACAAUUAUGCAGCUGUAUCACCAUGCGGGCGCUUCGUUGCUUCAUGUGGUUUCACCCCUGAUGUUAAAGUAUGGGAGGUUCUCUUCAACAAAGAAGGCGACUUUAAUGAAGUCAAACGUGUGAUGGAUCUGAAGGGACAUAGAGCUAGCGUCUACUACUUGUCAUUCAACACAGACUCAACCAGAAUGGCAACUGUUUCAAAGGAUACAACAUGGAAACUUUGGGACACAAAUGUCGAGUACAACAAGAACCAGGACCCAUACCUUCUAUACACCGGUACUUACAACCACACUGGUCCCAGUUUAUUGGCCCUGUCCCCUGAUGCUCACACUGUUGCCAUUGCGUCAGGGGUAAGAAUAAUGGUCUACAACGCCACCACUGGGGAGGAGGAAGAGAGCUUUGAGGAUGUACACACACAACCCAUUACCAAAAUUGGCUUUGACCCUAGCAACCGGUUCCUGGUAUCCUGCGGGGAUAGACACAUCCGAGUCUUUCACAAUGUGGUCGGUUACCGGUCGAACAUCGCCAGCAUGGAGAAGAAAAUCAAGAUGUCCACGACGACGAAGACGCAAAAAGAGCGAAUGCAGAGUCAAAUAAGACUGAUGAGUGAGUGUUUAGCUGAGAUUCUUGGUGAAAGUCCAAAGGUCUAGCUCCAGGAGAUGUGCUUCAUUCCAUCAGGGAGCUUGAGUCUUAUCCAGUGAGUGCCUGAUUUUAUCUCAAUGGGUUACCAGUGUGUCAGGAUUAUGUGAGCAGCCAUCUUGGAAAGCCAGAUCAUUUAUAAAUCAUCGUCAUCCUUCGUCAGCUUCAGUACACAAGAUUUUAUUCCAAUGGACAUUCAUAUACAUAGUGCUGAUGUGCUGGGCUUCAUUUCCAACAUGGAGCUCGAGUCUUAUCCAGUCAGUGUCUGAUUCUAUCUCAAUGGGAUCAACAGUGUGUCAGGAUAGAACCGCCAUCUUGGAAAGCUGUAACAUCAGUUAUAAAUCAUUUGUCAUCCUUUUUCAACUUCAUCAGUACACAAGAUUUUAUUCCAACGUUAGUUGCUCGAGGACACAUGAGCCAUGACCAGGCUUUGGAUCCACACACUCGCUCGUCCAUGACACGGCACAAGUGAACUGACUUCAGUCUCUACAUGGUCUACGGUGAAAGACGUACAUUGUGUAAAAUUGACUUCAGCAUUUUUUUCAAUUGUAGCUGGCUUCGGUCACCAGCCCUUCAUAAUUGCCCAGCAUGUAUUGUGGAAGUUUGCCAAAUCUCACAUUCAGCAUGUUCAGAGCUUCACUAGUCAGCUAGUGGAAAGAAAUUGUCUUAUUAGACUAACACUACAGCUUGAUUUAUAGACCUUCAUCAUUCUCCCACCAUCUUUGUUAAGUUCCCAGUCUUCAAUUACUGAAAAUAUCCAAUCGCAGUAUACCAUGCCAAAAAAGCACCAGACUAUUUUACCCUUCGUUCAAGCCUCGGUUUGGUUCAUCAUUGAUUUGAAUGGGAGAAGAACUAUUAAUGGCUGGAUGAUGAUAAAGGUCCACUGUCACCAUCUGGGUCAUGUUCCCUGUUACCAAUAACCGUAAUGAAUGCUAACAUGCAUUGCUCAUGGCACCAGACUAUAAUUUUGUAGCCUCGGUUUGGUUACAAUGAGUUGGAAUGGAGUAAAAUCAAGAUGACCACAUCGUGAUAAAUGUCUUUAGCUUGAUCUGUGUCAUGCAUUGAAGUACACGUAUAAGACAUCAUUAAAAACAGCUUGAGUGUUGACAAAAUUACUAAGUUUUCUGAUGGUUCAAUUAAGAACUUGAUGUAUUUUUCUUUUUAAUGAAUAAUGUGAAUUUUGUUGAUACAACUACAACUCCAUUUGUUAACCAAAUGUUAUUGUUUUCAUGAAUUUAAAACUAAUUGUGAGGGCGAUUUACAAUACAUUGCGCCCUAUACACAGUUUAACCCAUUAAGGGCCAUUAAUUUCCCCAAAAAGCGGUUGACUAAAAACAAUCAUACUGGCAACUCAGCAUGGCACAGGCAGUCAGAACUUUCUUAAGACGCAGUGAGAAAAGGGCCUCUCCUUUGCAUUAUACUGCUAGAGGGCGCACUGUACUGUAAUUCACCUGAAUUGUUAAAGGCACUGGACACUAUUGGCAAUUACUCUAAAUAUACAUGUACAUUUAGCAUAAAGACUUGCUUGAUAGUGAGUAACAGAGCUGUUGAUAGUAAAACAUUGUGAGAAACAACUCCCUCUGAACUAACGUAGUUUUUGAGAAAGAU